UUUUGGCUACAAGAGGGUAACCUCAAUCGACCUUCAUAGGGCAUUGGUUGCCAUAGAUAUGCUAUGGAUGGGAGAGCCAUCAUGCUUCUAUCGUGGUCUAUGGAGUCGUUUAUUCUACACGUGACUUGAUGACGAUCCCCUCUUUCUUUGCCGAACCAAAUCAAAAAAAAAAAAAAGGGAAAAUUGUUGUUUUCUCUGCUCGUUCUCUGUGUCCAACAGUCAUCGUAUCGAUCGUUGAAGCAAACAAAAUGGCCGAUCCCACUCCUACUUUUGCACAGUCCACUGUACAACACACAAAAGACAAUGACGAUGGGACGAGAAAGAACAAACACAACAUGACACCGUUAGAAAAACAACAAGAAAAAUUGAAUCGUUUAUUUCAAAAGAUGGACAAACCUGUCUAUAUACCUGAAAAACCCAAAGACAAGAAAUCAAUUAUUGCACCACCCAAAGACUUUGUGCGCAAUGUGUCAGGUUCUAGUGCGGGUGCCGGUAGCGGCGAUUUUCAUGUUUACAGAGCACAAAGAAGAAGAGAAUUCACUCGACAAAAGAUCUUGGAGGAACAAGAAAAGAAAGCAAAAGAAAACGCAGAAUAUGAAGCCAAAUUAAAAAGACUCAAGGAAGAAGCAGAGGAACGUACAGCGAAAAAGAGAGCCAAACGUCAAAAACGUAACAAGAAAAAGCAGGGAGGAAAGCAACAAGACAAAGAACAAGAACAGCAGCAGCAGCAACAACCACAGACGUCGUCUACAACAACAGAAGCAUCUGGUAACGACGGGGAGAAGCCUACGGUGGAGACAUCAUCAGAAACAAAAGGCGGGAGUGGAGAAAUCGCGAUAGAUAUGGAAGAGAUUGGCCAUGAAGAGCCAACAACAGAGCAUCAUUAUCCAAGUCAUCGAGUGAUCACAUCCAACUUGAAAAUACAAGAAGACGAUACAAGUUUUUGAUGAUUCAUUGAAUUAUUAAAAAAUAAAAGA